GUGCGCAUGCGCUGGCGGCUGCGGUUUGGCGGCGGCGACGCUCCAGACUUUUCUCUUUUUCCUUGGGGCCAGGUGGAGCCUGUACCUGGAGGCCAGACCAAGGGCCAAGUCGGUUCGGGCUCUGUUAAAAGCUAAACAAUGAAUUGGAAUAAAGGAGGUGGUGGAGCAAAGAGGGGAUUUGGUUUUGGUGGCUUUGCCAUUACGCCUGGAAAGAAAGAAGAACCAAAGCUGCCAAAGGCAGCACACUCUGUAUUUGGUGCACUGGGCCCAUCAGGAGGAUAUGGAAAAACACAGCCAGCUCAAACACCCUGUUUCUAUAAAGUGGGCUCGAAACGACCAAACUUCGAUGAAGAAAAUGCGUACUUUGAAGACGAUGACGAAGAUGACAGUUCAGCAAAUGUCGACUUGCCUUACAUCCCUGCAGAAAAUUCUCCAACCAGACAACAGUUUGUUUCUAAAGCUGAUGAAUCUGAAGACAGUGAAGAAGACCCUUUGGAUGCAUACAUGGCUGAAGUGGAGGACCAGGCUGCCAAAGAUAUAAAAAGGUUGGAUGAAAAGGAGUUUGAAAAGAAAAAUGCAAAGGGUAUAAGGGAUGACAUUGAAGAGGAAGAUGACCAUGAAGCCUAUUUUCGGUACAUGGCUGAAAAUCCAAAUGCUGGUGUGAUUCAGGAGGAGGAAGAUGAUAUUGAAUAUGACAGUGAUGGUAAUCCUAUUCCUCCACUAAAAAAAGUCAUUGAUCCAUUGCCUCCUAUUGACCAUUCUGAGAUCGAAUACCAGCCAUUUGAGAAGAAUUUCUACAUUGAACAUGAAGAGUUGGCGAAACUUUCACUCAUACCAUUAGCUGAACUCCGGCAGAAACUGAAUUUGAGAGUCUCUGGAGCUGACCCCCCAAAACCUUGCAGUAGUUUUGCUCACUUUGGCUUUGAUGAGCAAUUAAUGCAUCAAAUCCGAAAGUCAGAAUAUACACAACCAACGCCAAUACAGUGUCAGGGCGUCCCCAUUGCGCUGAGUGGCAGAGACAUGAUCGGAAUUGCCAAAACUGGGAGUGGUAAAACCGCAGCAUUUAUCUGGCCAAUGUUGAUUCACAUCAUGGACCAGAGGGAGCUGGAGCCUGGGGAUGGGCCGAUUGGUGUGAUUGUUUGUCCAACCAGAGAACUUUGUCAACAGAUCCAUUCUGAAUGUCGGAAGUUUGGAAAAGCCUACAACCUGAGGUCAGUGGCUGUGUAUGGUGGAGGCAGCAUGUGGGAACAAGCAAAGGCUCUUCAAGAAGGGGCAGAGAUUGUCGUUUGCACACCGGGCCGAUUAAUAGACCAUGUGAAAAAGAAAGCCACCAAUCUCCAGAGAGUGACCUAUUUGGUGUUUGAUGAAGCUGACAGAAUGUUUGACAUGGGCUUUGAAUAUCAGGUCCGAUCAAUAGCAAAUCAUGUCCGUCCAGACAGACAGACUCUGUUGUUCAGUGCUACUUUCCGGAAGAAAAUUGAGAGGCUGGCUCGUGACAUUCUCGUUGACCCUAUUCGAGUUGUGCAGGGAGACAUAGGAGAGGCCAACGAGGAUAUUACUCAGAUCGUGGAGAUUCUUGUAGCUGGUCCUGACAAGUGGAACUGGCUCACGAGGCGGCUGGUAGAGUUGUCAUCGAGAGGAAGUGUUCUGAUUUUUGUGACCAAGAAAGCUAAUAGUGAAGAGCUUGCUGCCAAUUUAAAUCAGGAGGGAUACACUGUUGGGCUGUUACAUGGUGACAUGGAUCAGAGCGAAAGAAACAAAGUAAUUUCUGACUUCAAGAAGAAGACAAUUCCUGUUCUUGUGGCUACAGAUGUAGCAGCACGUGGUUUGGAUAUUCCGUCCAUUAAAACAGUGAUUAAUUAUGAUGUGGCUCGUGAUAUUGAUACACACACACACCGAAUUGGGCGUACUGGCAGAGCAGGAGAGAAAGGUGUUGCAUACACAUUGAUGACAAACAAAGACAGUAAUUUCGCUGGAGACCUAGUUCGCAAUUUGGAAGGAGCCAACCAGUAUGUUUCCAAAGAAUUAUUGGACCUAGCAAUGCAGAACCCAUGGUUUCGAAAGUCUCGUUACAAAGCUGGGAAAGGGAAGAGGAUGAAUAUCGGAGGAGGUGGAUUAGGCUACAGAGAGCGUCCUGGGCUGGGUUCAGAUAGCUCUGACAGAACAUCAAGCAGUGUGCUGUCUAACUAUGAAGCAUACAAGCCAUCUACAGGAGCAAUGGGUGAUAGAAUGUCAGCUAUGAAAGCAGCAUUUCAGUCACAAUACAAAUCGCACUUUGUUGCAGCCACUGGUAGUGCUCCUAAGAUCACAGGUUCUGCUGCUGGUACUAGCAACUGGACAAGUGCUGGGAGCCUCAGUAUUAUUCCUACUUGCCCUCUGGGCAAUCCAGUCACCAACCAGCUGCAGGUUCCCAGCAGUAACAGUGGAAGUAGCGCUCGGAAUAAAGACAGCAACAGUCGUCCUGCUGAGGUCAAGAGCAAUCGUCUUGUUGAUGGCAGCUCUAGCCGUUUUGAAAGCAGCAGUCGUCAUAGUGACAACUUUGGUCGUCAUAGCGACGGUGGCAGCCGUUACAGUGAUAGCAGCAGUCGUCACGGUGAUUCCAGCAGCCGCCAUUCUGUCAGCAAGUACAACGAUCGCGGAGGUGACGGCAGGCACAGUGACCGGGGCAGUGAGAGGCAUGGUGAUCGGAACAGUGAACGGUAUGUUGACCGCAGUGACAGCCGACACAGCGACCGGCGCAGCGACAGUCGGCAUGGUGACAGGCAUGGUGAGAGUCGAAGUAGUGACAGUCGGCAUAGUGAGUCCAGGAGUUCCAGCCAAAAUCGAAGUGGUGGGGACAGCGGGAGCAUGAAUGAGACCGGGAAUAGCGGAGAGAACAGGAGCGGCAAUGAAAGCAGGAAUGGAGACAGCAGAAGUGGCAGUAGAACCAAUUCUGCUGAGAAUGAUGGCUUUGCUGUGCCAGAACCACCUCCCAGAAAGAAGAGGAGCAGAUGGGACAAUUAAAUCCCAGCAAUUGUGUUUCACACAUUCUCUUGCAGGCAGAAAAAUGCUUACAUUUUCAAUCUCUGUUAGAAACUUCAGUGAUAGUUUCAUCUGCAUAACCAUCAAUACAAAAAGGGACACUACAGGAUGGAUUUUUAUUUAGAAUAGUAAACUAUGUAUCUUGUAUGUUAGUGUUGGUCUUUGAAAUGGAAAGAACUUUUUCAUAUUGUCGACUACUUUGACUAUAUUCUGUUUCACUUGUUUUGUCUUUGCUCUGUUCUUUUUGAAACAGUAAAGUCAUCUCAAAUGUU